AUGAAGCCAACAGAAUUUGAUGGGACAUCGGGCAAGACAAAGCUAUUAUAUUUUUAUUUUGCUGCAUUUUGUGGUGCUGUACUCUUAGCGGGGUUGUGUAUAGGCGUCACAUGCUGGUAAGAUAUCAGAUGUUAUUAUUAUUACUUGAAGUGAUGCAAAACCCUAUCCUAAACAUUUUCAAUACUCGCAAGCAUGACUAUCGUUAUCACUAAACAAAAAACGUGGGAUCAGUCUUAAAGGAGCGCUUUUAACAUGCCCUGUCCCCAAGGUAAUCGUUUACCCCGGCCUGUCUCCCUGAGGCAAGCGGCCAGGCUGCUAAACAAAACAAAAUGCAGGAUUCGAACACAUUUGAAAAUAUUUUGUUUAAAGAUUAGGGUUUUCUUUGGAAUCCCAAACUGCGUUGUCAUCAUAAAUUCAUUUAUACUUUUCAAAAGGCAGUGGUAAAUCACGGAUUGUAAAUGUAUGGACUUGAGCAGGACAACCCCUGGCUGUGGCUCUACCCUCCUUUGCAGUCGUUCUUUCGGCUAUCACCUGCGCGACGAUCUUGCGAAAGAUUUGCGUGACAUACCGAAAAGCGUCUCCGAAGGAGACUACGAAAGCUCUCGCCAUAUUGCUCUUUAUCAAAAAAAAUAAUGAUAAAAUAAAAAAUAAAUAAAUAAAAAAUAUAUAUAUAUUGCUCUUUAUCAGCAGGGGCGUAGCUAGCCCAUAGUCUUGUAGGCCCUAGAAGUCUUUUCUGCCCGCCUGACUUUUAUAACAACUCCUUCAAAUUUGGGAACAAAAAUUUAACUUUGUUAGGAUACAGGCCAACAAGUCGAAAAGUUGGCUACGCCCCUGAUCAGGAUUGGAGGUUAUAAUGCUCAGAUGUGACAAUAUAACUUAGCUUUGCAAUCAUUAAUUGUUUUCCUAGGUAUGGCCUUAAAAAAGAGAAAGACGAUGAAGUUCGUCCUUUGACCACAAGUAACAUGCAACUCGUCGACAAAUGAUGAGGGCCGUAAAAGACGCCAUCCCGCCAUAGUGUUGAGGAAAUCAUUAUAGGUGCAGAAGUUAACUGUGUCAACCAAUGAUUCUGGUGUACAUUUGUAAAUAAACUUCCCACGCUUUUUUGUAUCUGUAAAUAACUCGCUUUAAAUGGCAGUUUCUUAAAAUGAAACUUUUUUACAGAUAAAUAAGAAGCAAUAACUAAUUUAGUCGAGUGCCACUGGCCAUACGAUAUUUUGAGAAAUCUUUUGCGCUGUGCAAAACUUAUAAAAAUAUAGGAAAACGCCAAAGAGGCAGUGAUAAACUAAGAAGGCGCAAGGAUGGCUUAGGGAUGUAGGCUUCAUUUUUCAAGACCACAGGUCAUGUCUCCGCCCCUUAAAGUCAAUGUUCCUUACCUUCCAUGCGAAAUUCGCAAUUUCUUUGAGCUCGGUAGGUUAGAUGAAGAUUUUUCUGAAAACGUAUUGGUACAAUUUUCCUUACUUUCAUAAUUUUAUAGUCGAUAUGUUAGCAAAAUUAUCGUUUCCUUGCCGAAAUGUUCAAUUUAUUAAAAGCCUUUUGAACUCUUUGGGUUUGUCUUUCAUAUGCUUGUAGUUAAGGGAAGUCUAAGUCUUGGUUUUCAG